AUGGCGUUUCGAGGAGAGCGCUUUGUCGUCGAUCUAGACGAUGAUGCAGGCACUCCUGUCAUACCAUCGCCAUCCACUAUCAGCUCCUUCGAUCUGAUCGGCGAGAUCCAGGAGCGCACCCCCUCCGCCGCCGCCCCCGCGCCGCCGAAACCCCCCUCAGGCACGGGCUUUCCUCAGCAUCGCCUACGAACAAAAUCGGCGUUCAAACAACGCUUAGCACAGCAGAAACAAGAGCAGCAGCAGCAGCAGAAGUCUAGUAACUCUGUUCAAGAUGAAAAAGAGGCCAUCGGGGAAGAAAAUGCCCGCCAGAUCGCGGCCAUGUCGGCCACGCAGAUCCAAGAAGAACGGGCGGAGUUGAUCGAGUCAAUGGAUCCAGGCUUGCUUGAGAGGUUUCUACGCAGAGCUAGAAUCAGUGAAAUGGAGGAAGAGACACAAAAACCGGACCCGGAACCAGAACCAACGCCAGCGUCUAAACCCGAGUCUCAUUCAUCAGCAGAGCCACAGAUCGAACCGGCUCAACCAGCACAAAUCAAGAAAGCCUUUGACGACCUCCCUCCCACGGUUCUUCCACCAGAUCUUCAUCCAGCAUCCGACCUACCUGCCUCCUUCCACUUCCCUACCCCGCCUCCUCGCUCAUCCCCCAUGCCGAAUCUGGACCCGUCCUCCCCCUCCUUUCUCGCCGACCUACAAGCACACUACUUCCCCGAGAUAACUCACGAUCCAGCCGCUCUAUCAUGGCUACAGCCCGAUAUUAGUGAUGGUGAAGACGGCGAAGACGACCAAGAAGGCAUAAAACCGAGAUCAGCGUACCACCCCUCCAGCACCGCCGUCUCCGUCGCUCCCUCCGCCCUCCGCUUCUCGCUGACGGGCUCCCUCCUCUCUCCCGCCACCUCACUCGCUCUCCCCACUUCUCUCGGUCUACACCAUCAUGGCGCCGACCCACAAGCAGCAGGGUAUACCAUCCCCGAACUGGGCCUGCUGAGCCGGUCUUCUUUCCCCGCCCAGCGCUGUUUUGCGUGGCAGCUUCUCGGUCGCAUACUCUACAGGCUUGGAAAGGGCCAGUUCGGCGAACGUGGAUCGCGUCUCGUCGAGGGCUUGUGGGAGGUCAUCGAACGGGAGAAGGUCGUUGACGGCAUGUUGGCAGAGGCGGGGUCCGAUCAAAGUAAGACUACUUCUGCAGAUACUACUACUACUACAACAACAACAACAACAACAACAACAACAACUGUAAACCCCUCCGGCCCUACUAGACACGCCUCUGCGACAGCAUGGGCUGUUGAAGGUGUCUGGUUAUGGCAGCAGGGUGGUGGGGGGGAUCGUGGACUCUUG